CCCGCGAUUCGGCGCUGGCUCGCUCCCUGUGUUCGCGAUAAGAAACGAGCACCGCAGAAACAGAAACAGAAACACCAAAUAUCACCACAAAACCAGGUUAGGGAGACUUCAUAACCCGGGAAUCGGAUCACCAGUGAGCGAUUGGAUCGAUCGCCGGCCAUGUCGCUGGAUGUGCAUGAUGCGCUGGAGCUCCCAGACCAGGGAUUGAAGAGGACGCUGAAGGACUUGUUUGCUGGCGCUGUGGGGGGUGUUGCGCAGGUUCUACUUGGUCAACCUUUCGAUAUUGUCAAGGUCCGACUGCAGACUACAACGCAGUACUCGAACGCUCUCGAUGCCGCGACCAAGAUCUACAAGAAUGAGGGGCCGGCAGCUUUCUAUAAAGGAACGCUGACGCCACUGAUUGGAAUUGGAGCUUGUGUCUCUGUCCAAUUCGGGGCCUUCCACUACGCUCGCCGCGCCUUCGAAGCACGCAACACCGAGUUGCAUGACAACCAUCAUCUCUCCUAUGGGCAAUACUACGCAGCGGGAGCCUUCGCCGGUAUUGCCAACACGGUGCUCUCCUCGCCCAUCGAACACAUUCGCAUCAGGCUGCAGACACAACCCCACGGCGCCGCGCGCCUCUACAACGGACCCAUCGAUUGCAUGCGAAAGCUAUCCGCCCACGAAGGCGUCCUGCGGGGUCUCUACCGCGGCACGGCGGUUACUUAUCUGCGUGAAGCACAGGCGUACGGUGCGUGGUUCUUGGCCUUCGAGUACAUGAUGAACGCGGAUGCGAAGCGCAACAACAUCAAGCGCGAGGACAUCAGCACGCUGAAGAUUGCGAUGUACGGCGGGUUGGCGGGCGAGGCACUCUGGAUCACCAGCUACCCCUUCGACGUUGUGAAGAGCAAGAUGCAGAGCGACGGGUUCGGCGAGCAGAUGAAGUACAAGAGCAUGAGGGAUUGCUUUGCAAAGACAUGGGCGGCCGAGGGAGCAAGAGGUUUCUGGAAGGGUAUCGGACCCACGCUUUUGAGGGCCAUGCCAGUCAGUGCUGGCACGUUCGCUACUGUCGAAUUUACGAUGAGAUUGAUUAGCUAAGGAUAUGGGAUGUUCUACAUCCGCAUGCAUAUUUGCAUACCAAAAGGAAGAAUAAUCAGUGAGAACAAGGGACCACCAUGAAUACGAUCUCACAUCCACAUACCGUACGAUUGGUACUGGUGACUAUGUACGGGUAUUGUACUGCAUCAGCCGGGGCUCUCACCAAAUCACAUACAUAGACACGC